GGCGAGCUCCAACUCUACCCGUUGUGCCGUCGCAGCUCCCGAUGCCUUAUCAGCCUUUCUGACCGACGAAUGGUAAUCAGCUACGACGCUCGGUCGAAGAAGAUGAUCCCCAAUGAUACAUGUGACAUGGUGCACACUACCUAGCACUCGGAGAGACAGAGGUGACGUAAAGCUUCUAUCCCUGCGAUGCCGUAUUGGAGAAGGAGUGGAGGAACGAGUUCAGCACAGGCCAGACUGCGAGCCAGUAUCGAGACCAUCUCUGGUCUCGAUAGUUCGAAGCUGUCUGGUCUGGCCACUCUCCCCGCAUUCCCGCCUCCAACGUGGUUUCGACUGAGGGCAUGUCAUGAUUUGCUCGGGACAAAGUGCCGUUUGACUAGUGCUGUGACCAAGCAAGGAUCAACUAGCAUGGUGGACCAUUCUGCGGCUGUUUUCUGCCCCCUUCUUCAUACCACCCGAUCCCACGAGCCAGACUACCAGAUAUCGUGGGAAGUCAAUGGGUGGCUUCUGCAACCCGCCCUUCCACCAGUGUGGCUCCACGCACCGCGGCACAACUCUACCCCAUCAUACGAUCACGCCUGUUUGGAGGCAGCACGGUUAAUGGCAGCCGUAAGCUCUCCUCAUGUCGAGCGCACUGGGCACAUGCCAAAGCUCUCCCCGGCCCAUACCCCGCUUAUCUGCCUUUGGUGCCGUCCACCUUUACGCAGUAAUAAUCGUCAAACACGACUCGGUCUUGGCCAUCGUGACCUCGUGGUGGUUGUUCGCAUCAAGGAAACCUUGGCCUACGCCGCCGAGGAAGAGAAUCUCGAUUGUGGGAAGGAAGCAUAAUGCCCUCUCCAACGAUUGUUUUUACCAUGCUAGGGAGCACAUCGCCGGGUUGUGGGUGUGUGUAUAAGACAGAGGGCACUCACCAAGAAUCGGAUCCCCCUUGCCAUUAGCGUCAAUAGGCUGGCCAGCGUUGAACCGAGCGUCUCUCAUAACGUUAUGGGGCACAGUAGUUGUGCUGAUGACGAAAAGAAAAAGGUCGAGGGUGGAAGCUUGAAGGGGUUUCCAUGGUUGCAGAGAU